UGUGUGUGUGUGUGUGUAGGAGAGAGAGAGAGAGAUCUCCUAAGGUGAGAGAGAUACGGUGGGUAGGAGGGUCUCAUUCCUCUCCCCAGCGCCCAGUUCCAGCACACACACUCCUGCUGGACGCUCUGGAGCGCUCACACACACUCACACACACAGGGCCUGAGGACGAGCGCUGCGUUUGCCGACUGCAGGAGAAAGUGUGUGUGUUGUGAGUGAUGGAUCUCUGCUGUAGGAUCUAGAACUUGUACAGACAGGAGCCGCUGGAAUGGCAAACUCAGAGACGCUGGAAACUUCCGUCUGAGCAAGAUGUCUGAGGCUAUUUGCUGCACGGUGGUGAACUGCAACUGUGACAGUUUUAAACCAGGUAAACUGAGGCGGCGACUCUGUGAACACUGUAGGCACGGCUGGGUCGCCCAUGCUCUGAGCAAGCUGAAGGUUCAUCACAUGUACCAGGGCAGCCAGGUGGAGAUCGUUCACUCCAAUGUGGUAUUUGAUAUCUGUAGUCUGAUGCUUUAUGGGACGCAGGCGAUCCCAGUGCGUCUGAAGAUCCUGCUGGACCGACUCUUCAGCGUCCUCAAGCAGGAGGAGGUUAUUCAGAUCCUCAAUGCGCUGGACUGGACUCUACAGGACUACAUCCGCGGAUACGUCCUGCAGGACGUGGCUGGUAAGGUGUUGGACCGCUGGGCGAUAAUGACCUUUGAAGAGGAGAUCGUCACGCUGCAGCAGUUCCUCCGAUUUGGGGAGACCAAAUCCAUCGUGGAGCUCAUGGCCCUGCAGGAUAAGGAGGGACAGGCUGUUGUUGUCUCCACCACCAAGACCAAUUCUGACAUCCGCAGCUUCAUCGAGAGCAGCACGCAGCGCUCGGUACGCCUGCCUGCUAAAGCGGAUGCCCCUGGCUGCAGUAAUGGGCACCACUUCGAGACGCUGGUCAACAGUAUGGCGCUCAUGUUGCCGCUGCAGCUUAUGAACUCGGUGCCCGCGCCGCUGCUGAGUUGCAAUACAGACUCCGACCACCAGGAGGUGCAAAACAGGCACGACGCUUCAGAAAUAAGCCUGGACAGUGUUUCACCGUUCGAGUCUGGCCCCGUGAGAACAGACGUGUUGCUGAACAGCGAAUCUCCAAAGAUGGAAUCGGAAGAGUUUAACGUGAGCGGAAACUCCUCUCCGUCCACGAACUGCACACCCUCCGUCCACUCCGAAAUCACACACCUGUCUCCGGAGAGCAAGAUCCGGUGUGCAGAGAAGAGCGGAUCGCUGAAGAAGGGCCGCGUGUUCUGCAGCGCCUGCGAGAAAACCUUCUACGAUAAAGGCACGCUGAAGAUCCACUAUAAUGCAGUUCACCUGAAGAUCAAGCACAAGUGCACCAUCGAGGGCUGCAACAUGGUGUUCAGCUCCUUACGCAGCCGGAACCGACACAGCGCCAACCCCAACCCACGGCUGCACAUGCCAAUGAACCGCAAUAAUCGUGACAAAGACCUGCGGGGUGGCCUGAGCCCGGGCCUAGAGGAUGGGCAGGAGGACGAGAAGAGAGAGUUCAUUCCCAUCCCGGAGAGCCGCAACGUCUCCAGUUUUAUAAUUCGCAAUUCCGAGCCCAAACUGCACGGCUCACUGUCGGGCCUAAGCCAGAGCGGCAUCCUCUUUCCCAACCUGAAGACAGUACAGCCAGUGCUGCCCUUUUACCGCAGCCUGGUGACCCCGGCUGAGCUGGCACACACGCCGGGCAGCCUGCCCUCCCUGCCACUGUUGUCCUCCUCUGUGCCCGCCGGCUCCAGACACAUGCUGAUGGACACGGUGCCCAAGAAGAAAUCUCGCAAGUCCAGCAUGCCAAUCAAAAUCGAGAAAGAUGAGCUGGCGGAGGAGGGUGUGUCUGAAGAAGAGACUCCGCCCCUCAGCCCCUGCACAGAAAACUGUGGUGUCAGCAACUCGGGCCGUGAGGAUGGCGAGGAUCUUCUGUUGACCACCGUGGACACCCAAGACACUCAGUGGCACAAACUGACCCAUGAGGACAGUUGCAUCAUCUCACCAUCCUCUCCUUCCAUCUUUCACAUUAAACAGAACAGCGAGAAAGAGGAGUCCUUAAAAUGUGAAGAGCCAGCAUGCAGUUCCCGCCCGGAGCCCUGCAGCCACUGGCCAGCCCGUUUCACACAACACAGCGAAAACUGUGCAGACGGCGGCAGUGACCCUGAGAGCGUGGGUCUGGAUGAUAAAGAAGAGCUGUCGCACCCGUGUGAGAUCUGCAGCAAGACAUUUAAAAACCCUUACAGUGUGAAAAUGCAUUAUCGAAAUGUGCACUUAAAGGAGAUGCACAUGUGCACUGUGGACGGCUGCAAUGCUGCGUUUCCGUCCCGCCGCAGCAGAGACCGACACGGUGCAAACCUGAAUCUGCACCACAGGCUGUUGACCAAAGAUCAUUCAGGAACAUCUUCUCUCCGCAGAGAGCCUCCAGACCUGCUUCACCAACAGCCUCUGGGUCAGAUGUCCGGCGUCCUGAAGGGCAGCCAGCGCACGGGUCUGGUGUUCCCCAUGAGUAAAUCCCUAGAGCCAGAAGAGGGCGCUGUGGAAAACGAGGCAGUGUUGGACCUGAGCACCCGAGGGAGCAGCCAGUCGUCCUGGGACUCAGGCAGCGAUGAAGGACUCCCUCUGGAGGACAGCGAGGAAAGCUGUGACGGGCCGGCUGCGUCUCCCAGCCUCCAGCAGUCCCACAGCUCCUCCAUCACCUGCCACAUCUGUCAGAAAGUUUACAGCAACAAAGGCACGUUCAGGGCUCACUACAAAACGGUGCACCUCCGGCUGCUCCACAAGUGCAAAAUACCAGGCUGUGACACCACAUUCUCUUCUGUUCGCAGCCGCAACCGCCACAGUCAGAACCCAAAUCUUCACCGUAACCUUGCAGGGAAUAUUUCCCUCAAGCAGGAGUAGGAUUCUCCUAAACAUACAUAGUCAGCGGCUCACUGUAAUAACUGGGGCUCAUAAGCACUCUGGUCUUUGUACUGCACAAUCAAGCAUUACUGGAAGGACACAAUCAUAUUUAUAACGAAGCCUGAUGUUGUUUACCUUUCUAAUGUUAAGAAAUGUUUUUUCAUCUCUGAUGUUAUAUCUAUUUGAGAAACUUUACAUAUAUUUAUUGAAUUUUUUAAGAGCAAAAGCGAAAGACAGAUGCCUAAAAUGACUGAAGAAACUACAGAGACAAUCAAGAAAACAAAAUGACCUUGAGAGAUCCUUAAAUUAAUCAGUGCUGUUAUACAGUAUGCUUAGUCAUGCAUUUAAAAAAAAUCCAAAGCCACAUAAAAAAACAAGUCUGGUUUACCUUCUCUGCACUUAUUCACUGAGAUACACGUGUUUCAUCAGCAGGAGACUGAGAGAGAGAGAGAGAGAGCAUUGAUACAGCAUUGUAGAGUGAUAAAGAUGGAGAUGUAGGAAAGAUACAGAUGGAGAUGGAGGAAUGGGAAAGAGAGAGGUAAGAAUGUUGGCGAGACUCUCUUUGUCAUGUGUUACAGUGAAUGUUCUGGCGUGUGUUUGCUUGCUCUUCAGUUUUUUUUUAAUUGCAAAAAGAAAACAAUCAGUGGUCAAUAGAUUGUGUUGAUGUUCCAAUCAAUAUGCCCUUAAAAGAGGCUGUUGUGCUCUUGAGUAAGUUAUUGUGUUACUGUAAGUUGUAUUUUUUUGGGGUCAAGCACCUGCGGUCUUCAAUGUCUUAUUUAUUCUCACAUCUGGAUGGAGUCCGUCAUGCCUCCGUCACCGACACACUAAACACUUCAGUCUAUUCUCAAAUGUGGCUAAGAGAGACAGUUUACUGUGAUAAAACACAUCUGUUUGGUUUAACGUUUGCAAUCAAAAUACUGAAACCUGGAGGCAGCAGUGAAAUCUGCAUAUUGUCUGAAUCAUUUCAGUUUUUUUUUACAUAAAGGCUAUUUCUUAAUAAAUUGAUUUGCAUCUGCCGCUGUCGUGCUUGACCCCUGAAUCGCUGCUUAUAUUUCUAUUGUUGAUCUUGUUGUGGAAACCAAAGAUUCUUGAUCCAGGACGUGUGCUAAUCAGCAGAAGAAUCAGACGACACACAUGAAAAAACCGUCUGAUAAUGCUUUCACACAGGUUACUCUAAAGACUUACGAUUGAGUUUUGUAAGAUGUUUUCAUCAGUUUAAUAUCAUGUGCUUUAUCAUGUGCAUGGGGUUUUAGUAAAACAGUGAAGACUUAGACUGAGGUCAGCAAAUGAAGACUGAUGCUCUUAAAGCACAAACCUGUGGACAUGUAUUCCUUUCUCUUUGUUUUACGUGUAAAAUCUUUUGUACUCUUCCCCUACACCACAAGUGUAUGCUGAAAUGUGAUGAGCAGGGUUAUCAGGAUUAUAAAACUAGUCCAACCCUAACCCACAAUCAUUUAUUUGUCUUCAGUGAAAUCAUUUUCCACUGUUAAUAAACUAUUUUAAAAAACCA